AUGAAGACAUUCUUAGUCUUGCUGCUGGCCGUCUCCGUGUUCGCCGGAGAUGCACCAGCAAUAGAGAAGAAACACGAAAAACGCGGCCUCCUGCACGGUGGGUCGAUAUACGCGGGCGGAUACGGCGGCUACGGUCAUGGAUACGGACACGGAAUCGGCCAUGGGAUCGGAAUCGGCCACGGGAUCGGAAUCGGCCACGGGAUCGGCCACGGAAUCGGCCACGGAAUCGGCCACGGAAUCAUAGCUCAUGACGGAUUUGGACCAGGCUUCGGCGGCAUCCAUCUGGGAUACGGUCACGGAUACGGUCACGGAUACGGGCACGGAUUCGCACAUUUCCACCACCCGACGCAGAUAGUGAAUCGCGUGGUACAUGUGCCGGUGCCGGUGCCCCAUCCCGUCCCCGUGACGCACAAGGUCCCCGUGCCAGUGCCGCAUCCAGUGCCCGUCGAGGUAAAACGCCCCGUGCCCGUUCCAGUGCCUCAUCCAGUGCCGGUGGUCGUCACGAAGACCGUACCCGUAAACGUGCCGCGUCCCGUCCCGGUGCCGGUGCCUCACCCCGUCCACGUGCCCCAUCCAGUCCCGCAACCGAUUCCGGUCCCGCAACCAAUUCCGGUACCAGUGCCCGCGCCCAUACCUCUGCACGUGUCGGGUCCUGGAUUGAUCCACGACUCAUAUCCCAUUCCUGAAUCCAUCGAUCCCGGCUUCGAUCGCCAUGUCCACAUCGACGGGCACGGCCACGGGAUCGGUCAUAUCCUGCAUCACGACCACGGUUUCAAUGGCGCGAAUAUCCACCUGGGUGGGCACGCCGACGGAUACUCGUAUCCAGUACCAGCGAAGAAAUUCUAUUAA